AUGAGCCAAGGUUGUGAGAGGAGAGUUCAUUACUCAGAUCCCAAUGUACAAAGUGCUGCUCAUCUUUUAGAUAGACUUGUGAAGGACAUUGUGACAGAGAGCGAUCAGUUCAGCAUUGAAGAAUUUAUACCAUUAUUGAGAGAGCGUAUGAAUGUCUUGAAUCCAUAUGUUCGCCAAUUUUUGGUGGGAUGGAUCACAGUGUUGGACAGUGUUCCAGACAUUGAUAUGCUGGGAUUUCUUCCUGAUUUUCUUGAUGGUCUAUUUAAUAUGUUAAGUGAUUCCAGCCUUGAAAUCCGACAACAAGCUGACUCAGCACUCUCUGAAUUCCUUGAAGAAAUCAAGAACUCCCCAUCUGUAGAUUAUGGUCGAAUGGCUGAAAUACUUGUACAACGUGCAUCUUCCCCUGAUGAAUUUACUCGUUGGACUGCAAUCACAUGGAUAAAUGAGUUUGUAAAACUUGGUGGAGAUCAACUUGUUCCUUAUUAUGCUGAUAUAUUGGGAGCUAUCUUGCCAUGCAUAGCUGAUAAAGAAGAGAAAAUACGAGUUGUAGCUCGUGAAACAAAUGAUGAGCUUCGUGCAAUUGAGGCUGACCCAGCUGAAGGUUUUGAUGUAGGGGCAAUUCUGUCCAUUGCAAAAAGACAGUUGUCUAGUGAAUAUGAGGCUACACGAAUUGAAUCAUUGCACUGGAUUUCAGCCCUUUUGAAUAGACAUCGCUCAGAGGUGUUGUCCUUUUUAAAUGAUAUUUUUGACACACUUUUGAAAGCACUAUCAGAUCCCUCCGAUCAGGUAGUCCUCUUGGUUCUUGAAGUACAUGCGCGCAUAGCGAAAGAUGAAUAUAACUUUCACCUGCUUGUUGUCUUUUUAGUUCAUAAUUUUCGAACAGAUAACGCACUCCUUGAAAAGCGUGGUGCUUUGAUAAUCCGGAGAUUAUGUGUGCUUCUAGAUGCUGAAAGGGUAUACAGGGAACUCUCCACAAUUCUUGAAGGGGAUGCUGACCUGGACUUUGCAUCUACUUUGGCUCAGGCUUUGAAUUUGAUUCUGCUUACAUCUUCUGAAUUGGCUGAGCUACGAGAUCUUCUAAAGCUUUCAUUAGUUAAUGCUGCUGGAAAAGACUUUUUUCUUUCACUUUAUACAUCAUGGAGCCAUUCAUCAAUGGCCAUAAUAAGUCUUUGCUUAUUAGCACAGGCUUACGAGCAUACGAGUUCUGUGAUCCAGUCCCUAACCGAAGAGGAUAUUAAUGUAAAGUUUUUGGUUCAGUUGGAUAAACUGAUCCACCUAUUGGAGACUCCAAUUUUUGCUUAUCUUAGGCUUCAGGUAGAAGAUGUUCAUCUUGUGGAUGAUCCAUGGAGUAGAGGAAAUGGUGGUGUACUUCUGGAGGUGCAGUUUCUGGUACUAUUCAUCACAAAGUGCUAA